AUGGACAACACUAAUGAGAAAGAGACACAUGACUUCAUGAAUGUUGAUUCUUUCUCUCAGCUCCCCUUCAUCCGCCCUCCACCACCUACUAAAGAAAAGGCCAUUCGACUCUUCGGCAUAGAAUUCGCCGACGCCCCUACCGCCGCCGAUGAGUCCGAAUCCACCGACACAACAACCAACAACAACAACAAUGCUCUCGAGCUUGAUAGCAAUAAUAACAAGGAGAACAACACAGAGAAUGGCGAGAGUAGCCGCAGAUUUGAAUGCCAUUACUGUUGUAGAAACUUCCCCACUUCUCAGGCCUUGGGUGGGCACCAAAACGCUCACAAACGAGAACGGCAACACAAGAAACGAGCACAAAUCCAAUCAGCUAUGGUUCAUAGUACCCUCUCUGAUGAUAGGGUUUAUGGCCUCAUGAACUACAGGUUCGGUUCUGCUCCAACAUGGAAUAGCAACUCUUCUUCAAGUGCUAUGAUCCGUGGUGGUGGUGGAAGGUUCUAUGGAAGCAAUAUUGGCCGUGGAAGCAACUAUUCUUAUCAACAACAACCCAUCAAUGGAAGCCCCUUGCCCUUGUGGCGAGUCACCACAGCCACCACCGGUCAUGUCCAAAGUAACCCUAUCUUCAACCGUGAACCCUCGUUACAUCCAUUGCCUUUGUUUGCUGGCGAGGAAGUGAACACCAGGAUGGGGCCCACACGGGUUGGUACCUCUGGUUCACAAAACCGGUAUGGUUAUGACUCAAAACCAAGCGUCAACGACCAUGUGAGUUUGGAUCUUCAUCUGUAA